AUGAUGAUUUCUUCUCCUCGUAUAUUGAUCAUUAAUAUUAUUCUAAUACUUCUUAUUCAUCAAGUUCAUAGUGGUUAUUGGGUAUGUGAUUGGGUAAAUGGUCGUGGAUGGAUGUAUUGUGCACGUGGUUUUUGUAAUACAUACUAUGGUAGAAAACGAAGUAUCUCAAUGGAAGACAAACAAAUAAGUCCUGUACAAGAUACUAAUGGUUUAUAUUGUUUAGACAAAAAAUUUUGCUAUUCAUGUGAACCAAUUAAUGAUAGUGCUUGUCAUAUUACACUUCGAGCUGGAUAUUCACCUUCCUUCGAACCAUAUUCAUUGAACAAAAGAGCGUAUGAAAAUACUUGCGACUAA